AUGGAUCCGGGCGAAGGUACCUCAGAUGGUCGUGUAAAGCAUAAACCAAACAACAUCGAAGUGGAAAUCAAACAAGAGCAAAACAUCAAGGAAGAACCAUCGGAUGGCAAUGAAUUUGCUUUGGUGACACGUUUGAAUGAUGGAUUUGGAGCAGAUACAACAACUGCGACAUCAUACAUCGAAUUGAUGGAAGAUUCUGAAUCGGAUUUUGAUCUCGACAUUGAUUUGAAUGAUGUGAAAGGGGAAGUGAAGUGUGAAGGAGAGAAAGCAAAACAAAGAAAAGAUUCUUCAGCAAAUUCGGGCUCGAAUGGUAAUGAGCCAAAUGCCCAUGUUGGUGAACCAAUGGUCGAACCGAACAUCAGUCGCAUGAGACUCAAUUCUAGAAGCGCAGGGAAGAGAAGCGAUGGAUCAAAAAAGCAGAACAAACAGAAGAUUCCAAGGAAUAAGGCGGCGAAGAAACGAACGGAGCACAAGUGUCAUGUUUGCGGUUAUGUUACAUCACAGAAAUGGCGUCUCAUCAGACACAUUCGUAUUCACACAGGCGAAAGGCCAUACAAAUGUGAUGAAUGUUCCAAAAGUUUCACACAAAAAACUGACUUGAUUCGGCACAAGAUAAUCCACAGCGGAGAAAAGCAAUUCGAAUGUUCCGUUUGUUUCAAAUCAUUUGCACUGAAACACCAUUUGAAUGUUCACUUGCGAACUCACACCUAUCAUCUUUCACAUUCAUGUUUGCAAUGUGGUCAACGGUUUGCCGAAGAAAAGGCCAGACGAUCUCAUGAAAAGCGUUGCGAUCAACGUCGAUAUGAAUGUUAUCUCUGCGACUACAAAGAUCUCCACAAAAACAAUCUGAAACGGCACAUGCAAGCAAAACACACCGGUGAACACCAAUUUCAAUGUGAAAUAUGCGGAAAGAAAUGCAUCCAUAGAGGUGAUCUCAAUCAACAUUUGGCCACCCAUCGCGAUCAAUUCCCAUUUCGAUGCAGCAAGUUUCGCCGGGCAUGCGCAAGAGAAAAGGAUAAAACAGCACAUGAAAAGAUCUGCGGCCAUCGUCAGCAUCAAUGUUACAUUUGCAAAGUUUUCAAACAGUACACAGGCCAUUUACGAAUUCACAUGCGUGUCCAUCACACAGGACACAAGCCUUUCCAUUGCAAGAAGUGUGCCAAGUGUUUCAUUCGAAAGGACGGAGCCGAAAAGCACAUGAGACGUAUUCACCGUUUGAAAAAGUAA